AUGGCGACUAAGUCAUCAAUACAAAGUAUUAAAUCAAGAAUUUCAAGUAGUAAUAGUGUACAUAAUAUGGCAACAAAUGAUAAUGAUAAAAAACAAAAUCGAAUGCAAGUUAAAAAACCAUUUAGUACAACAAAUUUUUUACAAAAUAAUUCAACAACAUAUGGUUUGACAAACCAUUUAAAAAAACGAACAUUACGAUUAAAUAAUUUUUUGCAUUCAAAACUAAAAACUAACUGCUCAAAUGAAUCAACUUGUAGUCAUCAAUCUGAUAGACAUUCAACAUCACCACCGCCGGUCUUGUAUGCUAUUGCUCCAGCUGCAUCAGAAGAAAUAAAUAAAGCAUCAAAAUACGCUCAAAAUGAACAUAAGUCUAAUGAUGAAUCCAAAUCGUCUGUGAAUUCUCGUGUUUGUUAUGUACUUGCUCAUACUAAAAUUAAAGCAAUGUCACACGAUCAACAUUUAACUCAAACAAAAUCGAAUAAUUCAGAAGAAGAUGAAAGUUCAUUAGAAUUUUAUCCUGUAUUAUCAUCAAUAGAUACUGAUGCUGAUGUUGAUGAAUCUGAUAAUACUCCUAAUAAAAAUAUUAAAAAAUCACGUCGUUUACAAAAAAUGCAUCGAACAAGUAUUUCAUCUUCACAACAAAAACAUGAAAAUAAUAAUUGUAAAGAUGAACAACAACAAUUAAGUUCUGAUGAAAAUGAAAAUAAAGAAUCAAAUAUAAUUACAAAUGGACAUAAUGAACGAAGAACAAAACCAUCAUUAAUUAAACGAUUUGAUCGUUUAACAGCAACAAUUGGUGAUGAUAAUACAAAACAACAAUAUGAUCGUUAUCAUCCAUUAGACAAUCUUGAAUCAAAAUUAACAAAAACAAAAACAAAAACAACAACAACAACAAAUGAAUCAACAUCAUCAAUUCCAAAAAUGACUGUAUCAACAAAUCAGUCAUCUAUAAAAAAAAUUAAUCGAUUUCAAGUUAAAUCAAUACAUAAACUUCAACAACCACAAAUUAUAUUAACAAAUACAGCUGUAGCUAAAACUUCAAAUAAUGAUCAUUAUUCAAUAUCAAAUAAAACUUCAAAUUUAUCAUUAAAAUCAUCAAGUAUUGAAAGAAAACAUACAAAUAUAUCGACAACUAAUACAGAAAAACCAAUGACACAUAUAAAUAAUAUUGUUAAUGGUAAUAUUUCAACAUCUAUUAAUGUUGAAAAUGGAUAUCAGCAUGUUCAUUUUCAAGGUACAUCAAAUGAGAAACAAGAUUCAGCUCCUGAUGAUGAAAAAUCAUCUAAUUUAACAGUUACAGCAGUUACAUUAACAACUCCAACUCCACAUUCAUCGGCAGCUUCAGCACAAGGAGAGGAUGAUGAAGAAGAAGAAGCAGUUGCUAAAAGUCCUGAUAAUCGUUUUAUUAGAUAUGCAAAAGAAAUUGGUCGUGGUGCAUUUAAAACAGUCUAUCGUGGUUUAGAUACUGAAGCAAGUGUUGCUGUUGCUUGGUGUGAAUUACAAGAUUUUGCACAUUUUGAUAAACAUGAACGAGCACGUUUUAAAGAAGAAGCUGAAAUGUUAAAAAAAUUACAACAUCCAAAUAUAGUACGAUUUUAUGAUUUUUGGGAAGAAACAAAUCCACGAACAAAUAAAAAAGUUAUUAUUCUUGUUACAGAAUUAAUGACAUCAGGUUCAUUAAAAGGAUAUAUACGUAAAUUUAAAGGACAAACAGAAGAAAAACGUAUUAAUGUUAUAAAAAAAUGGUGUCGUCAAAUUCUUAAAGGUCUUUCUCAUUUACAUGGUCGUAAUCCUCCUGUUAUACAUCGUGAUUUAAAAUGUGAUAAUAUAUUUAUAUCAAGUACAAAUGGUUGUGUUAAAAUUGGUGAUCUUGGUUUAGCUACAUUUAAAACUCAAACAUUUGCUAAAAGUAUGCGUGGUACUAUGGAAUUUAUGGCACCAGAAAUGUUUGAUGAACAAUAUGAUGAACGUGUUGAUAUAUAUUCAUUUGGCUUAUGUAUGUUAGAAAUGAUAACAGGUGAAUAUCCAUAUAUUGAAUGUAAAGGACCAACAGCUGUUAUAAAACGUGUUACAGCUGGUUUAAAACCCGAUUGUUAUUAUAAAGUUGAAAAUGAAGGUAUAAGAGAAUUUAUUGAUUGUUGUAUACGUACAAAUAAAGAAGAACGUUUAUCUGUACAUGAAUUAUUACAACAUUCAUUUUUUCUUGAUGAUAAUGGUUUACGUAUUGAUUUUGUACGUGAUCCAUCAAAUGAUUCACAAAUCAUGGUAACAAAUAAUUCAAUUAAUUUAAAAUUGAAAAUUAUUGAUAAAACAAAACGUAAAUCAUUAUGGACAGAACAUGAAGCUAUACUUUUUCAUUAUAAUUUAAUAACUGAUACACCUGAACAAAUUGUUGAUGAACUUAUUGAAACAAAUUAUAUAUUUGAUGAUGAUAAAAAAUUUGUUAUACAAUCAAUUAAAGAUCGUAUUCGAGCAUAUCAAUGUGAACAAAUUGAUCGAAAAGCUGGAGUUUUUUGUCGAGAUGGUAAACCAACUAUUAAUCAAUCAUCAAUUAUUGGACAACUACCGCCUCAACAAAGACAAAUAUCGACACCACCGCCUCAGCAACGACAAGUAUCGACACCACCACCUCAGCAACGACAAAUAUCAACACCACCGCCACAACAACAACAACAGCAACAAUUUGCAUCAUCUCCGCAACAGCAACAACAAUCAACAAAUCCAUUAUUAGCUCAAUCUCAAGUACCACUUGUUCCUUCUAUUUCAUCAACACCUCCAAUUAUUCAACAAUCAUCACCAAUGGAAGUACAACAGCAACAACAACAAAUGAUUAAAUCAGUUGUAGUAACAGAAUCAAUUGCAGUUCCACAAUUAUCUGAACUUGGAACAAAUGUAUCGAAUUCAGCUGGUAGUCUUGAAAUUCUUAAUGCAGCAUUAAAGAAAACUUUUACUAAAAAUAAUACAUCUCAAGGUACAAAUACUACAUCAGCAAUUACCAAUGACAUUAAUGAACAAAUAAUAUCAUUGGUUAAUCAAGAUGAAUCAUCAAUUUCAAGACUAGGAAAUGAUACUACUGUUGUUGAUCAACAACAAAUAGAGGAAUCUGCAGGAUCAUUGCCUAGUGAAUUGGUGACAAAUAUUUUUCAUCUAUCGACACCAUCAACAUUACAGACUCAAUCACAACCAACGACAAUGUUAACUAAUUCUCAACAACAAAUUUUACAAAAUCCUCUUCUUUUAACACAACCAUCACAAAGUAUUUCUUAUUCAACAAUACCUCUUCCUCAACAUAUUAUUACGACAAUCUUACCAAAUGAUACUAUAAAGCAACCAAUACCUUCUUCUUCAACAACAACAACAACAGAGCCUAUUGAAAAUAGUCUUCUAUCAAUGUCACCUCCAUAUCCAAAUGAAAUACUUCAACCUUCUAUUUCGUCAGAUACACCAUCAACUCCUCAACCACCUAUAUCGGGUAGUUUAAAACAACUUGAUGCACUUCUUAAAAAUACAUUUAAAACUACUGGUAGAACACAUAAUAGUGAUACAGAAAUAACAAAUACAAACGUUCCAUUAAUAAUUAAUGAUGAAGUUUCAACAAAAACAACCGAAAUUGAAUCUGAUUUAUUAAAUAAAUUUGAUGAUAAACAACGAAAUUCUCAUCCUAUGAUACUAUCACUUACUCAUUCAGAACCAAAUACAUCAUCCUUAAUACUUCCUAAACCUAUUCAACAAAUAAAAUCACAACCAACAAGUCAACUUUCAACAUAUUUCGAUCCAUUAAUAUCAUCUGAAAGAAAUAUUCAUGAAUUAAAUAAUACAUUACUUAGAACUUCACAUGAAAAAUGUUUAUCAAAUGAUGAUACAAUAAAUACUACAUCAUCAAAUGAUUUAUUUGAAAUUAAAUUAAUGCUUAUUAAUUUAAAUAAAACAGUAUUAAAACGAAUGGAUAUUAUUGAAAAUAAAAUUGAAGAACAUAAAAAUCAAACAAUACAACUCAAUAAUUUAUUAACAAAAACUGUUUUACCAUCGUUUAUUGAUUUAGCUACUAUUGUUCAUGAAACACCAAAUUUAGAUUCAUGUGCAAGAACUAAACUUGAAAAUAUUCAAAGAAAUAUUCAAAUAGUACAACAACAUAAACAAACUGAUAUGAAAGAUUUGAUGGAAAUCUAA